AUGGCUCAGAAACGCCGCCUGUCUGCGCGCGAGCGUCGCGAACCUGCGGCAAAGCGACGAGUCUCCGAGGCUACGCCUCAAUCCCAACCCCCGUCCUCGAGGAGAAAGGCCUCGACACCUACAGCGCCUCCAUUGCCAGCUCCAGCUCCCGAGAUUGUCGAAAAACCUCUUCCGACGAAAAUUAAAGAUGGGGAAGGGCUUCCCAUCUUGUCCUCACCGCAGCCGGCGACCCUGUCCCCCAAGGAAUACCAGUCUAUAGCCGAAAGUGCGGUUCUCUUCGCCUCGUUGGAACGAUCGAAGAAGAAAUGGCUGAGUGACGGCAUCCUGGUGCGAUAUUGGACCAAACCUAAGAAGACCAAAAGGGACCAAAUCGAAGGGAAAAAUCCGCCCAAGGAGUCCAUGUCCAAGGUCGGUCCCUGCAAUAUCGUGGUCGGCCCUCACCUCUUCGACGCCAUGAUUUAUACUGUCAAGGAUCCCAAUGCGCCUCCGCCGAUCCAAUACACUCCCCCCCAGCGGCCCAUGGUACACUAUGGGCAUCCGAAUAACUUCCAGCAAUACCAUCCCUAUCCGUCUCCGGCACCCCCCCCAAAUGGACGACAACAUCCUUCUCAGACUCCUCCCUCACAUGCGCCUUCUCCUCAACCAGCCCAUCAUCUUAUCGGCCAUCCGCCACCUCCUACUCCGGGAAGAACCCCAACUCAUCCUCCUUCCCGGCCGCCUCCCAGCCCUCAGCCUGCACAGAGACCAUCCCCGUCGCAACAUCCACAGCCCCCCCAGCCGCCGAAACCAAGCCCAGAUCCGGUCAUUCAGAUGCUUGCCACCCGCGCAGCUUCAGACCCCGACCUCAAGGCUUUGAUGAGAGUGGUGGCUUCGAGUAAGGCGUCACAGGAGCAACUGCGGGCCUUCCAGGCCCACAUCGAUGAGCUCAAUGCCAUCAUCCGUGCGAGGGAGCAACAACAGCAGAGGCAGCAGCAACAACUGCAAGCGUCCCAUGCUUCCACUCCUGGCCAGUCUCAACCAUCGCCUCGGACACCGCAGCAGACCCCGCAACCUGCGCAGCAGUCUGGGAAACAGUCCGCUCAGCAGCAACAGCAGCAAGCGCAGUCGUCGGCUCCAUCACGGCCGCGGGAGCAGCCGCUUCCACGAGUCGAAGUACAGACUCCAAAAGCGCCAGCAUCUGUCACUUCCCAAGCCACCUCGAGCUCGACCGGUCCGCCUCCAACCCCCUCGUCACAGAAACCGGAUGCCACCCCUAAAGUGAAACAAGAACCUACGGCUGUAACGAGCCAACCGCCUCUUGCUCAUCCAUCCUCAAGUGCUAAGCCGACGAGUCCGACGGCUCGACCGAUGCCACCGUUGCCACAACAUCAAGGAGCGGGCCCGCGGCCAGGGCCCCCAUACCAGCAGCAGCCGUACCCAAACCACCCGGCUGCAAUCCAGUCCCGACCGCAGCAAUACGGAUCUCCAGCUCCUUAUUAUCGCCCUGCACCUCCUCCCCCGCCGCGGCAGAACUACAAGUCGGUGGUCUUUGAAUUCACAUCACCACUCACGCCAUAUGGAAGCAGCACUUCUGGCCAUGCCGGCUCCGGGGAUCGGUACCUUUUUCCCGAAUUUACGAUCUUGGAAUGGCUUCCAGGAGGGAAUACAGUCCUUGCAUCGUUCUUGCUUGUGAAGAAAGUGGACCCGAACGCGCCGUUUCCCAUAGAGACCGCGUCAGACAUGGGAAACUCCCGCAGCAAGGGAAAGUCAGCACCCAGGUCGAAAAAGUCGGAGAAGAAUAAAGGCAAGGCUACUGCCACCGAACAUGGAAAAGAAACGCAAAAAGAAGACGGAAAGGCAGGCGAAGAGAAAGACGCCGUCAACCCGCCAUCUACGCAAGAUCCAUCUGCGACCACGGAGUCCAAAGAGCCUACCGUCGACGGGGGCAAAACAGCAAGUGAACCGAGCGAACAAAAAGGCCAAACAACAGCGACUCCCAGCAAAGCGGAUUCUGAUAAACAGCCGGCCAAAGACAAACCGGAUGAUACGAAAAACACUUCUAAUCUGAAAGAGUACUACCAACCAGUUACCUUCCGCAUCCACAGUACCAACCCCAAGGUUCUAGAACCUUUGACUCGCGUCGUGAAACCUCCAGAAGAGGUCCGCAAAUACAUGAAUGAGGUUAUGGAUCGCGCUGAGCGCGCUCCUGACGGGUUCCUUGCAUUUCGUCUUCCCCGGGAAGAACCUGGCGAAGGUCCUGAAGUGGAGGAGAGCAAGAAGGGCGGGACUCCUGUUCCAACAGGCCAGAAUCGGGUAUCCCGGGGCAAAGCUGCUGUUGUUGCUGAUGAUUCGGAAGCGGAGAAUAGCGAGAUUGUCGAGGAAGUGGAAGAGGAAGAGGAGGAAGAACUCAGAGAUUUCUAUGGCCCUCCAAUGGGCCUUAUCUCAGUCAGACCCUAA